AUGACAGAGAACGAGCCUCCCGCCCUUGGUGUGCACGACGAUGGCCGAGCCACGCGGAGCCGCCGCAUUAUGGGCAAGCUGUUUGGCCGCGACCGCGAGCGAAAGGCAACCCGCGACGACGGCGGCGACCUGAAUGACUUCUUGCACGGAUCUACCGACAAGUUGCAGGUCACCCACCCGGUGCCGCCCGUGCUGACCAGACUCGAUACCAAGACCGCCCCCCGAUACCCCAAUGCCCACAAUGUCAACACCGCCAGCGAGCCCAAAAUGCAGGAGUACGUUGUACGGCCGCGCGAUCCUCCCGCGAGAAUCAAGAAGGGGAAGGGGUUGUCUGUGAAGUUUGUGAAUUCGAACCCAGAAGUCAUUGGGGAUGGCGGCGACGAGUGUGAAGUUCCCACAGUCGAGAUAUCAAGACGCAAGAAACAAAGACCACAGCCCAGCCCCUCUUCCAUGGCACCACCUAACCGAUCUGCAAACCUCGGAGACGGCUCCCGAAACCCAUUCGCAGACCCGCCGGGAGAAACAUCGGUGAGGGACGCACGGUCGAGCCCUGGGUUGCGGCGCACCCAGACUGGGCACUCACCGAACCCGGGAGGUAACAAUGCUAGCCGAUAUCUGGGCAUGCCUGCCGCCCAAGAUGAUAAACGUAGAUCGUUUAUCGAGGUACAACAAGCCCAAAUGCGAGAGGCGGAAGGACGAGCCUUUGCACAAGCCGUACGGUCGGCGUCCGGAGACCAGUCCAGACAACAACAGCGGCCAGAUUCCUCACCCGCAUCGACCAACCAGGAGAUGGAAUCGCCCAUCGCCAUGUCACCAGAGUCAAUGCAUCCCCCACAGCUACAAUCACCAGCUCACUUCGCGAACCCCCCUCAAGUGCCUGCCAAGGCACACCGAGCGGCACCCCCGAUCCCACCGCCUUCCCGAGAACCACGAGAAUCUCCCCCGUCACAGAGUCAAUAUACCCUCACCAGCCAACCGUCCAACUCGCCCGACCGGCUAAACAGGACGCCGAAGACGGAGAACAGCCCCGCGACCCUCUAUUCGGCAGCUUCCAGCUUCCAGCGCCCGUUCCCGGGACCUAAACAAGGGACUAUUUCGGAGAAGGGCUAUGGAUCGCCCGUCCAACAGCAGGGACCCAGUUUCCAAGACGUCGUAGCGGCUGCCUCAGACGACGCUAUGAAUGCGUUCGUGACACGCACGCGCCACUUGUUCGAACUGUUUCGUCUCCAUGGCGAGAGCGUGCGGUCGUUGGCCUCGUCUACCCCCCAGGAGAUGGCACGGGCGGCUCUAUGGUGGUUCCUGAUCGGCCGGACAGCGCUGGAGGUUGCCAUCCGUGACCGCCCCUCUACCCCCGAGUCCCAGAUGAAGAACGACAUGGCGAAGCAGCAAGCAUACGCCGAUCUGGCGAAAAGCUACUGGCUUUUGGAGGAAGCGAUGCCCGAAGUGGUCAAUUCCGGACGGAGUCCGGUUGACAAGGAGGCCGAGGGUGUCCGGACUACCAUCGUCUCUAGCCUCCGGAAACUGGCCGUAUCAAUGAAGCGGAACGGCUUUCUGCCGCCCGAGGAAGCAUUCCUCCCCCAAACGGUCGACAGAACGAUCUGGCUCGACUAUCCACCUUUAUCACAAGAUAUCACAUCUUUGCUCUGCGGUUCGAGUUCUGCUCUUGCCCAGAGCCACGCCUCCUCCGGGAUGACGAUACUGGAGGCCUUGCCGUUGGGCGACACCGCAACUACUUUCUGUUUUGCCCGCUUCCAGGUCGAUGCGUUCCUGAUGGAGCAAGGGCGAGAAUCACGGCGACUCUAUCUUCCAUGCUUCCUAACAACUGUCCGGCCGCAGACACAGCCGGAUAUACUUUUCAUCCUCGCCAGCCAGAACGGGGCGGUACAGCUUCGAAUAUCAGGAAACAAGAACACAGGCCCUUGCUGGGAAGAGGUCCGCUGGCGUCCGGAAAACUGCAACCUGGAAAUCAAGUUACCCCGAGGAUUCCUCCUGCUCGUGCAGUGCACACAACAAGCAUAUUCCACCUUACGCAGCAUGUACGAAUUUAGCGCGAAGGUCCAUUCCAGCCUUUACCCGAGGCAAGACGAGAGCUGCCUUUUCAGGUCGACUCUUCGGGCGUUCCAGUACUUUGACAACGACCCACAGGCAAGGCAGUUCCCGAAAGAUUCGACACUCAACUGCGAGAUCGCCCUGUUUGAGCGCCUCUUCAGGGAGGGGGCGGCCACAGGCCCUCGCACUUACCACAAAGGCUAUCGUAUCGCGGUUGUCACAGGCCCGCGGACCAAGACCUUGAGCGGUGUCAACCAGAUGUACCUCCCUCAAACUCCCAUACAGUUCGGCUUCUUGCGCAGCGAGGCCAAUGACCCCGCCCUCUCGCUCAAGUUUGAGAAUGGCCGGUUCAAAGGCAACAUGGUGCUAUCGUUUGCAGACGAGGCGGAAAGGCUGCGGAUGCAUAGUUUACUCAUAGGGACCGCGCUAGACCGGGGCGAAAGUGUUUCCGGCGAGGCACCUCUGCAAGGGGUGUGGUUCUCGGAGAGGUACGGCGAUGCCUCUAACAAGGGCCUGCAGGCCCUGUCUGCUUUGGCAUGGAACAAAGUGAGGGUGAUCAACUACGACAAUGACGGCGACAAGCCGUCAUGCGUCCUCGCUGAUAGGCUUCGCGUGGUUUACGAGUUCAAAGAAGGCACCCUCACCGACCGUAUCAACGUCGCCCCGGGCGAGCUCAAACUCCGCCUCGAUGUACAGAACCCGAGCUGCCUGAUGGUCUUCCGCCAGCCCCAGACCGACAUCACUCUCGCCGUUACCGAAGCCAACUCGUCCCGCAAUCUCUCGGGAGGCCUUAGCCAAGCCCUUGAAAGUGUUAAACAAUCCGCCACCAUUCGCACCUUCAUGUUCCCUAACAUUAAAGAACUCCACGCCUUUGAAACAGCCAUCACAGGCUUCAAAGUGCUAUUCGACGGCACCGCUGCCGCCUUUGCCAUCUCGCGUCGCCGUAUGGUUGUGCCGAUCCACAAGAAGUGGGAGGCGGGCGCAACGAGGAUCCAAGUGGUGCAGCAGGACGGCGUCUCCCAGCUGCUGGCCUUCUUCGAGGACUUCAGCCAUGGCCAGUGCAUGGGAUUCCACCUCAAAGGGACCGACGUCUUCGAAUCAUUCAACCGGAGCGGAAAGGCCGGGCUCAAGAUCGACGACGCCAAGUUCCCAUUGCCCAAGACGCUCGCGCCGGAUUCGGAUAGUGCGCAGCAAGCGGCGGAUGCGGCCUUCUUGUGUCUGGAUUUGCCGGAGUUACCGGGAGAGCAUGACGAUAUUUCCAUCCUGUUUGAUAAUGAGGCGGAACGUGAUAGGCUCGUCGCUUGCCUCCCGGCACCAGUUAAAGCACCACGACUACCGAAGAUCAAGGGAAUGUCAUAG